UUCGCAAUCAAAGUUCGCAAUCACUAACUUGGUACUCUUGGAGCUUUGAGGUUAUUUGAGUUGAGGAGUGGGUGAUAGUAAUUAUUUUACUUGACCCAUUACAGUUUAGUUAGGACUUGAACUUGAGGUGCUAAUAAUUACAUCAAAUUGUAAUUUCAAGCCUUGAAAAUUUACGAAAGGAUUUAAUUAAAAAACUAUCAUCUAUCAAACAUGUCCGAACAAAAAGCAGACAUUGCCCUUAUCGGCUUGGCCGUGAUGGGCCAGAACCUUAUACUCAAUAUGAAUGACCAUGGAUUUGUUGUAUGUGCAUUCAACAGAACUGUGGCCAAGGUUGAUCAAUUCCUGAAUAAUGAAGCUAAAGGCACAAAAAUUAUAGGUGCAAAAUCACUGGAAGAUAUGGUAAAAAAAUUGAAAAAACCAAGAAAAGUAAUGUUAUUAGUUAAAGCGGGUUCAGCUGUGGAUGAGUUUGUGAAGAAUCUGGUUCCUCUUCUUGAAAAGGGCGACAUAAUAAUUGAUGGUGGCAAUUCUCAAUAUUUAGACACCCAGAGAUGGUGUAAAGAACUUGCUCCUACAGGAAUCCACUACAUUGGCAUGGGUGUGAGUGGUGGCGAAGAUGGAGCACGCUAUGGACCUUCUUUGAUGCCAGGAGGACACCCCGCAGCUUGGUCACAUGUCAAGCCUAUUUUCCAGGCAAUAAGUGCUAAAGUAAACAAUGAACCUUGUUGUGAUUGGGUUGGGGAAGAUGGCGCUGGUCACUUUGUUAAAAUGGUUCACAAUGGAAUCGAGUAUGGGGACAUGCAACUCAUUUGCGAGGCUUAUCAGCUCAUGAAGGAUGUAGUUGGAAUGGAGCAGGAUGAAAUGGCAGAAGUUUUUGAAAAUUGGAACAAAGGAGAACUAGACUCAUUCCUAAUUGAGAUAACCCGAGAUAUUUUAAAGUUUAAGGAUAAUGAUGGUAAACAUCUCCUACCGAAAAUCCGUGACUCUGCGGGACAGAAAGGCACUGGUAAAUGGACCGGCAUCAGUGCCCUCGAAUACGGGGUCCCUGUGACCCUAAUAGGAGAAGCUGUGUUUGCAAGAUGCCUUUCUUCUCUUAAAGACGAGCGUGUGACAGCCAGCAAGUUGCUGCCAGGCUCCUCACAGAAGUUCAGCGGCGAUAAGAAGCAGUUCUUAGAACACCUGCGGAAGGCGCUGUAUGCCAGCAAACUGAUCUCCUACGCACAAGGGUUCAUGCUGCUCAGGGAAGCGGCUAAGGUACACAAUUGGAAUCUCAACUACGGCAGUAUCGCGCUUAUGUGGCGUGGCGGCUGCAUUAUCAGGAGUGCCUUUUUGGGCAACAUCAAGGACGCUUUCACAAAAAACCCCGCGUUAUCGAACCUGCUGUUGGACCCGUACUUCUGCGAGCGCAUUAGCGAGUGCCAGCUGUCGUUGCGGCAGGUGGUGGCGCAGGCGGCGCUGCUGGCGGCGCCCGCGCCUGCCUUCUCGUCCGCGCUCGCUUUCUACGACGGGUACCGCAGCGCUGUGCUGCCGGCUAAUCUGCUGCAGGCGCAGAGAGAUUACUUCGGCGCGCACACUUACGAGCUUGUCACCAAGCCGGGCACCUUCGUCCACACCAACUGGACCGGCCACGGCGGGAACGUCUCUGCCUCCACCUACAAUAACUAACUAAGGAGGCUCUACGCAAAACGCAUAUCUGUCGAUAUCUCUCAUUCACGACAGGUACAUGAAACGUUAAAUCCUUAAAGGUUUUGCGUGACAUACUCCUAAUCAUGUCUUAUUACUCACAUAAUAACCGCGAUCUGUAUUUGAUACCCCAGUGAUUUUUAUUUUUUAAAGGUCUACCUAUUAAAAAUUGCAUAAGUUUCUUGAUCUUAGCUGAAGAUGUAAAAGAACAUUUUCUCUAGUUUGGUCUACAUCUGAAAGUACUGCUCUAGAUCGCGGUUUUGAUAAGACAACUUUCAUCAUUCUGUGCUUAACUAUUUUUCGUAUUUAUUUUCACCAUUCCAUUCUUAACUGCGUACGUUCUUAAAUGAAGCGUAUUGUUGCAAAGUUAUUUGAGAACAAAACCUUCACGCAUAUUUGCUUAACUUUGUGGCUUUAGAUCCUACUUAUAUUUUAAGCGGAAAAUAUUCAAUAAGACAUUCCUUUUGGUAAUUGUAUUUUGUAAUUAUAAGAUCAUGGAUUACAUUCCUAUCUUAUUUUAUAUUUUAAGGUGGUUGGUGGAUUUUAUGUAUUUUUAUAUAACUGUUGACGAUGUACACACGUGUUUGUGUGUUGUUUUUAUAAAAUAUCCAUACUGCUGUGAAACGAAAUGGGUGCUUCCUAUUUAUAUAUAUAUUUUGGAUGUUAAUUUUGAAAUAAAGUUUAUAUUUUAUACGAUA